AUGUCGAAAAGGUCUAAAAGUUCAGACGAUGACACUUCUGGUGAUGGUUUCAAUGAUGUUUUAGGUGCAAAUCAAGAUGAAACUGUAUCUGACGAUCAAGAGCAAAACGGCGGGGUCGAAGAAGUUGUGGCACUUCCAAUGGGAGAUGACGUGUUAACAGAUUCCGAAGAUGAUGCUUCCUUCAUUCAUCGGUAUGGUGAAAUACAAUUCCAAUAUAUUCGUAAACCAAAAGAUCGAGUUUGGUUCAUCAAGCCCCAUGCGUUAAAUUACUUUAGAGAUGGGGUACUUUAUCGUACUAAGGGUGAAAGAUCAUCUGAAAAAUUGGAAUUGUUUUUGGAUUUAAUGUAUGUGGGGAUCAUUGCAAACCUUGCUGGUGCUGCUACUGAAGAGGCUAGUGGAGCAGCUUUAUUGAAAUAUAUCAUGUUGUUUAUACCAGCUUAUAUGGUCUGGUCUGAUGUAAAAGAUGCCACAAAUUAUUACUAUAACGAAGAUUUAAGUCAAAAGACUUAUAUGUUUUGGAUUCUUUGCUUGUUAACGUUGUUCGCCAAUAGUCAUUACGAUAUCACCACUGAUAGAAAUGGUGCUGCUUAUACGAUUGCUCCAUAUAUUUUAUGUCGCUUAUCAUUAGCAGUAUUCCUCCUAUUUUAUUCCUUUUUUAUACCAGAAUUAAGAUUUCAACAACGAGUUUAUGCAAGUUUGAUCUUUAUAACAUGUUGUUUGUGGAUUCCAGUUAUAUUUAUUCCCACAAGAGCUAAAAUUGGAUUAGGGUUUACCAUUAUGUCUAUAGAAAACUUAUCAUUCGUCAUCCCACAUCAUCCUUGGUUCAAAAAGAAAUUUAAAUUGAGAACUUCAACUGCUUUAAAUAUAGAACACGAAGUAGAACGUUAUGGAACUUUUGUAACUAUUGCUAUUGGCGAAUUCCUUAUGAAAAUUGGUUCUGAUGGAGCCUUGGGAGUUGGAUUCUCAUUAAAAUUUCUUAGAGGAAUAUUUUUAUUAGUUAUAGCCUAUGCGUUGUUUUGGCUUUAUAACUAUGGUUCAACAACAAAGAAAGCAGUUCAUGCAUUUAGAAGAAGUGGAUUAACUGCUUGUUUAUUUAUUUAUGGUCAUUUACCUUUGAUUGCCUCAAUUGUUUUAGCAGCUGAUGCUGGUGGAGAAUUAACCGCCAUGGAAAAUACCAGAAUUGUUACUUCUGAAGAAGUAGCAAUUGGAGGUGAAGAAGGACCAAAUAUGUAUGCUCUUACAUUCUUCUUCUCUGGUGGAUUAGGAGUAGCAUUGGCCUCACUUUUCCUUCUUGGAAUAUUAGAUACGGACUUGGACCCUCCGGAAAUGCAUUUGAUAUCACGAUUUUGGAGAGUCUUUUGGAGAUUACCAAUUGGAAUUAUAAUUAUUAUGUUAAGUUUUGCUAAAUUAAAUACCACCCUAUUUAUGGGUAUCAUAGCAGCAUUAAUUUUUGUGUUAUUGGUAUUUGAAAGUGUGGUUUCUACCCCAGUAGACUGUUUAAGAAACCCAGGAAAGCAAAUCGUUGAAUGUGAAUAA